AUGCCCAAGCUGGAACAAUUCGAAAUCAAAAAGUACUGGCAAAUAUUUUCAGGUUUGAAACCAAUAGAAAACAAGGUAAACCAUGACCAGGUUUUACCAAUUCUUUAUAAUUCUAAACUGGAUUCUUCGGUUUUGAACAAGAUCUGGUUUCUAGCUGAUAUCGAUGAGGAUGAUAAUUUGGAUUUUGAGGAAUUUGUCAUUUGCAUGAGAUUAAUAUUUGAUAUGGUCAAUAAAAACAUCAGCUCUGUUCCAGAUGAGUUACCUGAUUGGUUGGUCCCCGGAAGUAAAGUAAAACUGAUUAAAGAGAGGAAAAAGCGUGAACAAAUAGAAAAUGCAGACUUGCCUCCAAAAAAGGAAAUUAAAGUAGACUGGUACAUGUCUCCAGAAGAUCUGGAUCAAUAUGAAAAAAUCUACUCGAGCUGUGUAAAACUUACCGAUGGUACCAUAACAUUCAACGAGCUAUCCACAAAGCUUUCGACUAAAUUUUUCAACAUCAGUAAGACAGACUUGAAUAAAGUUUGGAGCCUAAUUAAUCCUCAAAAUUUACCAUCAGUUGAUAGAGAUCCCACAUUCUACUUCAUUCAUUGUUUGAGGCAAAGAAACGAUUUGAAUGCGGAAAUACCAGCAAGCUUACCAAACUCGCUAGCCGAAAUAUGUAAUAAAAAACAGGUGAAUUAUAAUCUAGAGCUCUCUCAACCAAGUGCGAAGAAAAAAGACCCAGUAAGGGGAGUGGACAAUGUACAUGAUAACGUGGUCGACUCAAAUGCUGAUAACAUUAGUAACAAUGCCUUUACAGAUGACAACAGUAUAAAGCAAAAAUAUGCUACUCUAACAGACGAGCAAGUUGCCAACGUGAGAGAGCAGUUAGAAGGUCUUCUGCAAUACAAGAAGAAUGAAGAGACUCAAGGAGGUUCAAACCGUUCAAAAAAUGUCAACGUCAACUCGAUAAUUGAUGAUUUGGAUAACAUGGAACAACAGGUAGAAUUAUUGGAGAGCUACUUAAGCAACAAGAGGCACGAGUUGCAAUCAUUACAAGCAGAAAUUAGUUGA